AUGCAUUCCAUUACGGAACUCUGUCUUAUAGACGAGAACAAUGAAAGACAAGAAAGAAUUGCAACCGCCAUUUAUCCCUCUGCCAGUCUUAUGAAUCACAACUGUGAUCCGACCGUGAUCAAUAGUUUCCAAGGUAAUACGCUGAUUGUGCGAGCUAUCCGUAAUGUUCGCCAAGGAGACGAAGUAUUCAACUGUUAUGGACCACAUUAUCGCCGAAUGAGAAGGACUGAAAGACUAGAAGCUCUAGAAGCACAAUACUGCUUCACUUGCACCUGUGAUUCUUGCCUCGAUAAAAAUACUGAAGAUUUCCAGGACGUUAUAUAUUCAUUCUCGUGCCCGUCUUGCCAAGGAUCUCUAAUCAACCCCACCGGAAAUAAUUCCUCCGCUCAGAAUCAGAUGGCCCUAUGCAGGUCGUGCAAAACACCUCAAAGUUAUUUCACCCAGCUAAAAGCGGAUUUAGAGGCAGUGUCACUUGAUGCCAGAGGAAAAUUCUUGAUUUUGGCCAAGUUUUGGAUUUCGGCCACUAAUGUGCCCGGCAGCGCGUUCUCACGUACGCUGUCCUCUGUCACAAAGUCUUCGAAGCGCGGAGCGUAG